AAUUUAGCCCUGUAUUGAGUGGACAUCACAGUAUCGUUUCUCAGUGCUAAGUUGUCUGGUAUAUUGUAGGCCUUUUUGUAUGCAAUUGCAGUCAAUUGAACACGUUACUUGAUCUUAGGAACAAUGGAUCUCUCCAUUUAUUGUUUGCUUCUCAUGAGUGCAUCAAUUCUCGUUGGAAUAAGUGAUUGCUCCGAGAUGAAUGGUGAUUUGAGUCUUUUCCUUGAGAGAAGAUUACAAGAGGCAAGAACGCAACUCAAUAGGAUAGUUAUGGACGCUAAUGGAUUCCUUCUGAAAAGAUCUAAGAGAGAUCCAUUACGACCUUCCAUAUCAUUCGACAAACUCAUAGAGAAUAAUACUGCGAUUGUUGGGGAGAUCUAUCAUCAUUUCGACAACAUACUAGUUCUUGAUAGGGAGAUUAUCAAUAAAAUUGAUAAGAAACACUUGCAACACUUGGUGGUAUUGUGUGGGGAUUGUCUAAAAAUUGAUUUUAGACGUGUCACUUUUAUAGAGGUGACAAAGAAGCAUCCACAUACCAUGUUUAUCGUGCUGGGGAUGGAUGAUGGAUUUCUGAAUCUAUUUUCUAUAAAGCACAAUCAUCACUUUGACCAUAAAUAUGAGCUGCUACAGAGUAUUCCUCCACCCAGAGUCAACUCAUUCUAUCCAGUGGAUGGCAAAUUCUUUACAGAGUCCGGGCAUAUCUUUUUCUAUGUCGUUUAUACAAAAUCCAAUGGAGAGUCAUCGGAGUCAAUACUCUUCAAGCUGAGGAAAUCAUACCUUGACAAGGAGUACAGUAAUAUUCUUACACAUGGUGCAAAGUCAGUGGCUUCAUUCAGUUCUGGAACGUCUCAGAUAAUUAUCAUAGCUGAAGCUACUAAUAGGAAGGUGAGUUCUCAAGUUCUACGAUUUUCUCACUCGAAAAAGAGACUGGAGAGAAUCCAAUUACUGGAAACAAAACGGCCGGAGAGUGUAAAACAUUUCCGAGCUUUUGAAAGCAACUUUGUGCUUGUUUGCGAACAGACUUCGCCCAGCACCAUCUAUUGGUGGAAUGAUGGAGAAUUCCUGAAAUGGCUGGAUGUACCAUUCAUGUACGGAAAUUGCUUGUUUUCAAUUAAGCAAGUGAACGACCAAACUUUAUUCCUCAACACACUGCAAAAUGAUACCACGAUCUACUCUCUUGGCUGGAAACAUAUGAGAGAGAUAGCGACAGUACCUCGACCCGUCAAUGAUGAUCAGAAAAUCAUCAAUCUCUUCAUUUCAACUGGCAAUAUUACACGCCUGAACAUCGUUGGCAUUCUUCCAAAGAGCAUCAGGUUCUCCAUGUGGGAUCUGACGCUACACUUUCCAGAUUUGACUGGUGGAGAAGGCAGAAGUAUUGUUGAAGAUCGUCUAUCGGAAUGCUUCGGAAAAGCAGAAGGAAAUUUAGGAGUAAUUUCAAAACGUAUAAAUGAUACUAAUGAUCUGAUCAACAACCGUCUCAUAAAACUCGAUCAGAAUCUGCGUUUCGACUCUAUCAAAGUUGUUGGCCAGAACAGCAGUGUAAGGUUGAGAAACGGCACAGUUGAGAGAUUAGAUCUGAGUUACAUGGAUGGCAAAAGCACAACCGAUAAUGACAUUGACGAACUACUUGCGACGUCCGAUAAAUUUAUACAAUCGUCGAUCAUCGACCGUGUCGAUGUCAUAUUCAAAUCGAAUCUGACAAUAAAAAAUGCCAACUUAAAACUUGCGUCAGCUCAUCGUUUCAAUAAUCGAGAGUUGAAUCGAGAGGAAUUCAUUUGGUUGGAUAAAGAUCAACAAUUGGAAAUUCUGAACGUCAGUGAUGUCACGACUGGUGAACUUUUGACUGAAAAUUUAGCAGGAAAACAGACUGAACAUUUCAUACUGAAGCCUACACUAAAUAGUGGGCAGACUUUGAAUUUGGGCAGUUUAAAUUGCAAGGACAUACAUUCAAAGACAAAAAGUAUUAAUGGAAUAAAUCUGGAGCAAUUAGUCAUGAAGAAUCAUAAUAAGACAAUCCAUGGAGGAAAAUAUUUCCAAGCAGUCGAAGUCGAUCAAUUACAAAACCUUGGAGCAAAGACCAAUAAUCAAUCCCAUUCUCAGAAGAAUGAAAAUGAAGAUUUAUCCCGUGGCUCAGAAGCUUUCAAGCUGAAAGCCAAUACAAUCAUCGAUAAUCUGAUAGUUGAACAUAUAAACGGGAUAAAUGUUGAUGAAUUGAUUGAUAACAUUGUCCUCAAUAACACUGAGGCGACUAUUGACACUGCAUUGAUUUUCGCGAAUGACAUGAAAGUUGAUCUUCUAAGAGGAAACCUAAUUAUUUCUCAGUCAACAAAUUCCGCAAUAAGACCCUAUCCCAUUCUGAGCAAAAGGCAAUUUAGCUCCGAGAAUGAGGAAGGAGAAAAUUCUGAAGAGGACUGUGUAAUUGGACAAGAAUUUCAAGAUGAUUCUGAAGACACUGGUACAAAAUCAAGAUCCAUAUUCCAACCAAAAUUUCCUCGGUACAAUUUUGGCAGAGAUAUACAUGUCAAAGGAAACAUCAAGGCUGAUGAAUUCAUAUGUAAGAGCUGUAAAGUGGUUAUACAAAAUCAAUCUUUCCCAAUUGGUGAUGUCGAGAGAAUAUUCUGGACUUACAACACGAAACAGAAUAUUACAGCUCCUACCAUAAUCAAUUCAUCAGUAACUGCUAAUGAGGCAAUUGAAGUUACCUUUAUCAAUGAGAAGAAGAUGGAUUGUAUUCUAGAUGAGAAAAACGAUAGAGCUUUCAAACCAAAGUUCAUUUUCAAGAAUGUAACCGCAAAGGGUGACGUCAUAGAUAGCAGUGACUCGAGUCACGCUGGUUUCAACGCGAAGCAAUUGAACGAUUCAAUUGUACGGUCCUCUGACACACAAUACAUCAAAAACAAAAAGAAUUUCAAUGGAGGUGUUUCUGUCAACUAUCUGAAAGCAGAACAGUUGGAGCAAAGGCAAUCUCCAGAGCUGGUUUCAAGAUCCCAGAGGAAAUCAAUUGAGGAGGGAUCAGGUGCAGAUGAUGAACGACCCCUCAAAUUCGUCGUAGAUGGUGACCUGAUAGUCAGGGAAGAUUUGGAAAUCAUAUACUAUAAUGAUAUCGAUGUAGAGUCCAAAUUGAAAUCGGCUGCAUACAACGAUGAGGAUUGUCAUCUGGAACGGAUACAGUUUAAAAACUUGGAAACGGACAACAUAAAUACUGGCUCAUUAAAUGGAGAGAGUGUUGAAAAGGGAAUGAGUUUAAUGCGACCUCAUUUCAAAAUCCACAGAGCCGAAAUGUUUGAUAUCUCGAAACCACUUCAUCUCCAUCAUGUAACUUACAUGAAUGACAUCAACGUUCACGAACAUCUACCAAAGGUCGUAAAUAUGUCUGGAAACACAUUAAUCAGGGGCAAGAAGAUAUUCAAAUCUCUUCCAAUUGUCGCAAAUGAUUUGCAUACUGAAAGGAUUAAUGAUGUAAAUAUGAAAGAUAUUUAUAAAAACGCAUUUUCAAGAAGCAAACAACAACAUAUCAAGCAGCCCACAAAAAUCGUUAACCAUUCCUCAUUCCGAGCACUACACACAGAAGAGGUGAACGGAAUUGAUGCUUCUCGCUUGAUUGAUGUGUCCCAAGAUGGAAACUCAGAGAAUGGAUCGAUCACCCUUGACGCUGACCUGAUAUUCAAGAAGUUGUCAGUUGUAGGAAAUGUUGAAGUCGCUGAUUCAUGCAAGAUUAAGGAUUCUACUGGCCAAAUGCGUUUCCAGAACAUGCAUAUUAUUGGCAACGUUAGUUGGAGAAAUGACGAAAACAAUAAACCAAAAAUUUGGACCAUGUUGAAGAAUGCUGUAACAGCAGACAAAACUAAUAACAUAACUGGAAAAGUAGUUUUCAACGGAGAUGUAACAAUGAAACAAGUGCGACAUACAGAUGACAAACUUAUCAACAAUAUCAAUCUCUCUCAUAUCAUGAAAGAUUCUUUGAUGCUGAACAAGAACAAUCAGAUUGUGACGGGAGAGAAAGUUUUCCUACAUCAUAUGUCUUGCAAUUUUAUGACGGUCACUGCAGAUUUAUUAGCGAAUCAUAUUAAUCAGGAGAAUAUUCUGGAAUUCAACAAGACUCUUGUAAGAAAGUACUCGACAGACAUAGUCGAGGGUCACAAGUAUUUUGAAAAUGGUUUCAGUGCAUUCAGUUUGAAGACGAAAGGUGGAGUAGGAGGAAUGCAAUUAGAUGAUAUUGUUCUAACAAGCUCAAACAGAAGUUUGCCUGAAACUGUCUUCGAAGAUCUUGAGAUUGUGAAAAAUCUUGACACUGAAACUUACAACAACAUCGAUUUGGAUAAAUUCUUGAAAGAGAGAUUUCUCAUAUCGAAAGGAACUCAUCAGGUUUUCAACGGGAGUAUUCUGUUCAAAGAUAGUGUGACUUUCAAAGGCGAAUCAUUGGUAGGUACUUUGAACAAUGUUAAUAUAGACAAUAUAGUUCUAACAGAGGGAACCCCAGCUGCAUCUGCGAAACCAGUUGAUGGUUGCAAGACAUUCAAUAAUCCCUUCAAAACUGAAGGAAUAAUCAACACUGAGAAAUUCAACAAUGAAAACUUUCGACGACUCAAUAAAUGCGCUACUUUGUAUGAUGAACCAUCGACUCUCAAGGGAAGCCUUGUGUUUGAGAAUGAUGUAGAAGUGGACAAUGAAUUAUGGGCUCAGACGUAUUGCAUCGAAGGGAUUAGUAUAAAUCUUACAAAUGCAGUAGAGUCGUUUAAAAAGACCACUGGAUACAAAUUCAAUGAUGAAGUGUGAAAUGAAAUAGAUCUUCCAGAAAAACAUCAAUGUUAGAAUGCUUGUGUGUAUGUUUAUUUUCAUUGUUUUUUGUUUGUUUGUGUGUGUGUUGGCUACAUGUUUAUGUUCAUGUAUUUCAGUAGCAUCUUGAAAAUUAAUCAGCUGAUUGAUUGAAAAUCAUUUAUUUGAAAAUAUUUCAAACAUAGUUCUUAGUUUUUACCAGAAUAAAUACAUUUUUAACAGCGGUUCUCCUUAUCUCAUUAAUCUAUUUCUUUCUCUCGCAAGGAGUAGACCUAAGCUACUUGAAAUGUAUGAAAGCGCAGAAUAGUAAUUAAGUGAAUCCUAAAAGUAUCUACAAAAUGUUAUCGACAGCUGGAAAGUUUUCCCAUUUUCAUUUUCGAACGUUCCGUUUCUCACAUACACUUUUCGGCUUCAAACAAUUCCCAAUGUCAGCUUCACCAUGAACUGAUAAUUUCCCCCAUAAUAAAGAAAUAACUGAACAAUAUGGAAAAUUUUUCAAAUAGAAGCUUCUUAUACAGUGAAAUAGAAUAAUUAUUCAAUUUAAACCAUUUAUUUCAACACGGUCUACAUCGGUUCAAUUUAAUUCCAAGUUUGAACAAUGUUUAAAGAGACUGAAAUUACAAAUUUUACAAUACAAUCGUUGGUUCUGCUUGUGAUAACGUAUUUAGAAUUGGAGGAGUUAUGUUCUUUCCCUAUAAUAUUAACAUUUUUUUCUUUUUUUUCAUUUGUUAUUAUUUCCAAAAUAGUUAUAAUGAGAUUAUCCACUUUUGCUUAAUAUGAAGAUUAUAUAUUCAUUUUCAAUUUUACAAAGAAGCAUUAAAGCUUUAAAUGUCAAUUUUGUAAUUAAAUGUUAUACUGACAUAGCGGUAAUUUACAUUCAAGUACAAGUCCCAUAUUUUUAAAUAUUGAUGAAACACUCAGGCAUAUUUUAAAGCAUUAGUUCUUCAAUCUCCAUUUCCAAAUACAAGUAACACACAGGCUAGCCAAUUUCAUAUAAGACAUUUUGCAAUAAUGGAAUACAAUCAUUGCACUCCAUAAUAAAGUUUUAAUAGAUUGAUUUCUCAAACAUGAACAAUGGAUUACUAUAAAUUACCUAUAUAAUUAAACAUUUACCAGAGAAAAGUUUAUGAUAGUUAACAUGAACAUUUUCUUGAAACAUAUGUAGAUCCAAUAAUGAAAUUCUCAACUUCUAACACCUGACAUUACGAAUAUCAUGUAAUGUUCUUGAUAUUUCCAUGUAUUAACAUAGAAAGGCAGUCCGAAUGCUUCCAUGACUUUCAUUUUACAAUAAGAUCUCAUUGGUUUAAAUUGUGUAAUUCAAUGUUUUCUUAUUCUCAUUAAUAGUUUGUUCUAUCUUUACUCACAAAAAUCAAUAUAUUACUAGAAACCUUCCAACUAUAUUAUACAUUUUUUUUGUGUUUUGAUUAUUUGUUGAUAAAUUAGUUGAGUAUUAAUUCAAUUGAGAUGAACAAUUCAAUUGGAAUGAUGCAUUUCAUAAUAUUAUUGUAGCAAAUUAUAUUCGGUCGUUUAGUAUUUUCCAAAGCAUUCUUACACCUUGUUCAAGUAACAUAGAAUUAUGAUAAAGCCAACGCAUGUAAUUCAUUUUUUGAAGUCUUUUCAUAGAGUAUAGAGCAAUGUAAAUUUUGUGUCACCAAUUAUUAAUAUUCUGUAAUCAAUACAAUUUUAUCUUUUGAAUUUUUAUGGAAUUCAGCGGUUAUGUUUUUAUUUGAAUCAAGAAUACGUUUUAUAAAGCUUACAAUACUCUGUCAUUGAACAUUGUAAUGAAUAUAUUACGAAUAAAAAAUACGUUCUGAAUAAUAUAACCCGUUUAUAUUAUAUACACCCUCCCUAUGUCAGACUGAUCCUUACAUGUUUUUAAAAACUAAGGGUAUUUUUAGAAUAGCAAUGUUCACAUUUUCACAAGUACAUCUUACACUCUUUUUAUUAGCACACUUUUACAGUUAUUUCAGAAUAAUUGAUCACUCAUCCUAAUCAUACAUUCAUCUUUAACAAGAAUAGUCUUUAUCAUGCUUCAUUGAUGAACAAUUUGAAAGUGAUGCAUUUAAUUGAUUAGAGAAAUUUAGGCUUUCCAUCACUAAUUGAUCAAUUUUCAUAGAACUGAGUAUCAUUUUCCUUUUUCCUUAGUCUAACCCGGAAGACUACUGAUGAUGCCUUGAAGUGCAUUCAAAUUUUAAUCAAAUCAUAUUAUUUCCACGCAGAAAAAUAAUACAAAAACAAAAAGUAAUUUGAAUAGAAACUAGAAUUACAAAUUCUCAAAAGUAAAUUGAAUCAAAUCAACUUAUUUCACACAGAAAAAAAUAAUAAAAAAACAAGAAGUGAUGUGAAUAGAAACUUAAAAUACAAAAUUAAAUAAAACAUUUCUUGAUUGAACAUUUCAAUCUUUCUACACUUGAUAAAGUUCAUUGAGGAUUACUACCCCCAGAGACAGCAGAUAUCAUUGAAACUAUAGGUUGGCUCAAAUAAAUUUA